UUGUGACAGAAAAUUACAAUAUAUUCCAUGCAAGAACUCUGCACUUUGCACUUUGGUUAAAGUCUCAUUGAGCCUUAAAGCUUUCUUAAGAAAUUGAGUUUUCUUUGCUCUCUCUUCUCAGUUGCAGACAUUAGAUAAAACUGCUUGACAAAAUGACUUCUUGUCACUUUGAUGGAGAUCCUAUAAAAAAGGUUGCUAUCUUUGGAGGAACUCAUGGGAAUGAGCUAACAGGAGUAUUUCUAGUUAAACACUGGCUAGAGAAUGGCGCUGAGAUUCAGAGGACAGGGCUCGAGGUAAAGCCAUUUAUUACCAAUCCCAGAGCAGUGAAGAAGUGUACCAGAUAUAUUGACUGUGACCUGAAUCGAGUUUUUGACCUUGAAAAUCUUGGCAAAAAAAUGUCAGAGGAUUUGCCAUAUGAAGUGAGAAGGGCUCAAGAAAUAAACCAUUUAUUUGGUCCAAAAGAUAGUGAAGAUUCCUAUGACAUUAUUUUUGACCUUCACAACACUACUUCUAAUAUGGGUUGCACUCUUAUUCUUGAAGAUUCCAGGAAUGACUUUUUAAUUCAGAUGUGUCAUUAUAUUAAGACUUCUUUGGCUCCAUUACCUUGCUAUGUCUAUCUUAUUGAGCAUCCUUCCCUCAAAUAUGCAACCACUCGUUCGAUAGCCAAGUAUCCUGUUGGCAUAGAAGUUGGUCCCCAACCUCAAGGAGUUCUGAGAGCAGAUAUUUUGGAUCAAAUGAGAAAAAUAAUUAAACAUGCCCUUGAUUUUAUACAUAGUUUCAAUAAAGGAAAAGAAUUUCCUCCCUGUACUAUUGAUGUCUAUAAAAUACUGGAAAAAGUUGACUAUCCCAGGAAUGAAUGUGGGGAAAUUACUGCUAUUAUCCACCCUGAUCUGCAGGACCAAGACUGGAAACCAAUGCACCCUGGGGAUCCCAUGUUUUUAACUCUUGAUGGACAGACUAUCUCAUUGGGCGGAGACUGUACCGUGUACCCUGCGUUCAUAAAUGAAGCGGCAUAUUAUGAAAAGAAGGAAGCUUUCGCAAAGACAACUAAAUUAACACUCGAUGCAAAAAGUAUUCACUUCUCUUUACAUUAGAAGUCACCUCUAGCUCACGGCUUAUACAAUAUCUUGAAAAACUGCUAGAUUGUCAGCUCCUGGAGAGCAGGGUUGUGCCUCACUCAGCUUCACUCCCUCGCACCUCGCCCAGUGCCUUGCACACAGUGAGCAUUCAGGUGAAUUUCUUGAAUGAAUAAAUUAAUGAAUAUUUUUAAAACUAUCAUACUUUAUGUAUGUAACUUACUUGAAGAAAUGCACUUCUUAUUUCUGCAUAACUUUUUAUAUAUUAUACUUUGAUAGUUUAACUUUCUUAAUAAACAACCUUUAAAUUCAAAUUUUAAAAUUGAAAUGGAUAUA